AUGGCUAUUUGGGAUGACUCUGAAUCAUCUGAAGACGAAUACAACUUAGAAGAUGAACAUGCCAACAUAGCAUUCAUUGCCACCAUCGAAAAUGACUCAGAUUCAGAAGCAGAAACAAAUGAGGUAUUUUAUGAACUCACUAGAGAAGAGCUUGAAGAAAGCUUAACAGAACUUCUAGAAAGUCACAAUAGAUUAAGAGCGAAAUUUAAAAGGCUAAAGAACGACCUUCUAGCUGAAACAAAGAAACUUAAACAAGAAAAUACUGAACUUCAAGAUAACAAUAUACAACUCAUAGAGGAACUGGAAACACAAAAAACCCUUAAGUCAGAUAGUACUUUAAAAUCUGAUAUUUUGAAAGAAUAUGAUGAUAGUUUUCAAAAGUUUCUUAUUAAAAGUAUAAACAGAAGCAAAAUAGCCUCUAUGAUUUAUGGUGUAAGUAGAAACAAUCGAACAUGA